AAAAACAUAGACUAAAAGCGCACGUAAUUUACGUACAAAUGAGUGACACAUAAAGCAAUACAACAGACCAUUGAAUAUUAAUAACACAACAGGAGUUGACUCAACACAACCACAACAACAACAACACAGACACUGACCUCAAGACCUAACAUGAAGUCCAACUCCGGAACCGUUGGCAGUAAUGGUGGCCAACGGGUGGACACAUUCGCGGAACUCGUGGCCACUCUAUACGCGACCCGAUUGGCGGUUAUGGCCAGCGAUGGCACACAAAGACACUGUCGACAGGCGUUGGACACUACCAUCGAUCGGGUGCUCAACCACUUCGGACACGUGCGCCGACUCUCACUGGCCCUGAAGGACAACUCGGCGAACAACGCGCACCUCAUCCAUGAGCUGCGGCUUCAGUUCAGUGAUGGCCAGUCUCUGAAACACCGGCCAACUCAGGCGCAGCUCAAGAAACUGCAGUUUGAUUUAAUCGCUGCGAUGGCGCCCGACAUCACCACCACAUCCGAUGACAACGACACCGAUGACGACAACUGUCCCACACCUACCGACACCCCCACUCCCUCCACCGCCAACACUAACCCUGUGUACAGUCACCCCUCUGUGUCCCCCACGCCGUGGUUUGAUAAGUGGAAACACAUGUUUAUCGAGACCUAUGAACAGUCGGACCACGACUUUAUCGGCGCCCACUUUGGCUGCUUCUUCGUCAUCACUGAUCACGAGUUGGAGAGCUAUAAGGAUAUUAUCGCCUCAUUUAUCACACAGGUA